UGCGAGAGCCUUUCCCUCGUAAUUUUAUCCACACGAGGCGAAGGAGCGGUGGGGAAGCACAGCUCCUGCUGGAUGGCGCAAUGGAGCAGCGCGGCGAGCCUGGGCCGGUGGAUUGGCCCUUGGCGCUGCAGCACGUCGCUGCCGCCGUGCCGGGCGUCAGUGUCGGCCGUGCUGCCGCCACGGCGGGCGAGGAGAAAGGGCGGGAUCGGGUGCGCGUCCGUCCCACGGGAGCUCGGCGCGGCACCGGAGGCCGAGCAGGUUGAGGCGGACACGGAGCAAUCUCCAUGUGCUUCUGUGACUUGUCCCAAGGAAGAAGGUGUAGUCUGCGAAGGGUGCAGCGGCGCAGGGUGGCUGCUCUGCGACUUCUGCAAGGGGAAGAAGAACAACGUCAAAUCCGAGACCAGCCGGGUGUACCGCCGCUGCCCGACCUGCAAAGCCGCUGGCUACAUUCUGUGCCCAAGAUGCAGGGUGUACAAGUGCAUCACUUUUCCAGAGAGCAAUGAAUCGUGAUGGGCUCUGAACAGCGGGCUUAUUGGACGAGAUCUGCACAUCUGAUCAUUUCGAAAAAAAAUUCCUGCCUUUACCUUUUCCUUGCUGCUGGUGACUGCAUGGUUGGUCUUUAGUAGACCAUGUUUGCAGAACGGCAUACUAUGUACUUCUACUCGUGCUCUUUAUGUCAGGCAAUGCCUUCUCCUAGUUUGGUCAUUUCGAAAUACCAAUUUAUGGAACAUGGUAUCAUCUUCCGGAGCAUAUUGAUUCA